CGUCGAAUUACUGGUCGGUCAAUUUUUCUUGCGGGUUUCAAUAUUUGUUCCGAAAUUUUACAAAGCCAGCCGCUAAGCAACCAAAACACUCCGCGAGGAAACGGAGCUCAACAGGCAGAUCGGCGGGCGAACUCUGGUUCUGCACCGGCGAUUUGCUUCUUUUCAGCUUUACAAUCCUAUUAUCUCAACGAUAAGUAUAUAACGAUACUUGCUAGAGAUUGGAGGAGAAGAGUUUAAGGAAUUAGUAGAGUGAAAAGAAAUCCUGUACGAUGUCUUCGCAAAAGAUUGAAAUUGGCCAUCAAGACAUGAUCCAUGACGUACAAAUGGAUUACUAUGGCAAACGCAUUGCAACAGCUUCCUCUGAUUUUACCAUUAAAAUUGUUAGCGUUAGCAAAAACUCUGGUUCGCAACUCUUAGCUACAUUGAAUGGUCAUAAAGGCCCAAUUUGGCAAGUUGCUUGGGCGCACCCGAAGUUUGGUUCAAUGGUAGCUUCCAGCUCUUACGAUGGUCAAGUGAUAAUCUGGAAGGAAGGAAAUCAAAAUCAAUGGUCACAGGCUCAUGUUUUUAAUGCACACAAGUCUUCGGUGAACUCUAUUGCCUGGGCACCGCAUGAACUUGGCCUCUGUUUAGCCUGUGGAUCAUCUGAUGGAAAUAUAUCGGUCUUUAUUGCCAGAUCUGAUGGUGGCUGGGACAAUAAUCAAAUUGAACAUGCCCACCCUGUUGGAGUAACCUCAGUUUCAUGGGGCCCUACAACGGCUCCAGGUUCCUUAGUUGGAUCCAGUUCGGAGGACCCUGUUUGGAAGCUAGCUUCUGGGGGCUUUGAUAGUGCAGUAAAGGUGUGGACGUUAAAAGAUGGAAGCUGGAGGAAGGAUUCCUCCCCACUUCAGAUGCACACUGAUUGGGUGAGGGAUGUGGCUUGGUCGCCAAACUUAGGGCUUCAAAAAUCCACCAUUGCAAGUGGUUCUCAGGAUGGGACGGUAAUUAUUUGGUCUGUUACAAAGGAAGGAGGGAAAUGGGAUGCUACACUGAUGAAUGAUUUUAAGACUCCAAUCUGGAAGGUUUCAUGGUCAUUGACUGGAGACUUGUUGGCUGUUGCUGAUGGGAAUAACCAUAUUACUUUGUGGAAAGAAGCAGUUGAUGGAAAAUGGCAGCAAGUAACCACAGUUGAGCCUUAGGUUAUUCAUUGUUAGUCUUUAUCGUUCCGUUAUGUUUUGUGUCUUGUCAGGAGCAUGUUGUUCAAUAUUGUUAAGCACUUUCUCUGUAUUUAGUUCACAAUCUUUGUACUAUCAUUGCAUGUUUUCAUAACUUCCAAUCAUAUUUUGAGGGUGAGAAAUGAGUAAUUCUGCUUUUAUUUAAA